AUGUCCCCUCAGUCUCAAACUCGUCGCCCUCACUUCGAGUCCUUCCCAGACGAAGAGACUCCCCUCAUCCAACCUAUCCAAGACCCGUCAAUCGAACCCAAGAGUCACUCACCAUGGCUCACCGAAACUGUCAUCCUCGUGAAAGCCUCUGUGCCAGUCAUAUUGGCCUACAUGCUCCAAAACAGUCUUCAAACCAUCUCUAUUCUCAUGGUUGGCCGUCUCUCCCCCGAAUCUCUUGCGACCGCUGCGUUCUCCUACAUGUUCGCCAUGGCAACAGCCUGGCUCAUUGCUCUUGGCGGGACAACUGCCCUCGAUACCCUCGGCUCGAGUACCUAUACAAGCUCCAAGAAUAAACACGAUCUGGGAAUACUGCUGCAGAGAGGCUUGUUUGUCUUGACUGGCUUCUAUGCAGUGGUUGCUGUCAUCUGGUGCUUCUCAGGAUACAUUUUCCGGGCCCUUGGACAAGAGGACUUCAUCUGUGUUCAGGGACCCAAGUUCUUGCAGUUGUUGAUUCCUGGUGGCCUUGGUUACGUAUGGUUUGAGGCGAUGAAGAAGUUCCUUCAGGCCCAAGGCAUUUACCGACCGGGUACCUAUGCACUACUCGUCACUUCUCCCCUUAAUGCUUUGCUCAACUACAUCUUCAUCUACCCUCUCGGCUUCGGUCUCUACGGAUCACCCAUAGCUACUGGUAUCUCGUACUGGCUAUCCUUCUUCAUCUUGGUAGGCUAUGCCACCUUCGUGAAGGGGGGCGAAUGCUGGGGCGGACUUGAGCCACGACGAGCUCUUCAACAUCUCGGUCCCUUUGCAAAGCUUGCUUUCCUCGGUGUCAUUCACGUUGGUACAGAGUGGUGGGCCUUUGAGAUUGUUGCUCUUGCAGCUGGCCGCCUUGGAACAAUCCCUCUAGCUGCCCAGUCUGUUGUCAUGACCUUGGAUCAAAUCAUCAACACUAUUCCUUUCGGUCUCGGAGUUGCUGCAUCUUCUAGAUUGGGCAAUCUCUUGGGCUUGGGAGAUCCUAUGCAGGCAAGACGCUGUGCCCACGCUGCAGCACUGCUAUCUGUGUUCUUCGGGACUGUCAUCCUUGCGAUCCUCAUGUCUACAAAGAGUGUCAUCGGCCGCUUGUUCAACGACGAUGAGGACGUCAUCUCACUUGUCGCUCAUAUCAUGCCUUAUGUCGCACUCUUUCAGAUAGCAGAUGGUCUAAAUGGAAGCUGUGGAGGAGCGCUGCGAGGUAUGGGCCGACAAUGGGUUGGGGCACUUGUCAAUUGUAUUAGCUACUAUGGAGGUGCUCUACCAGCGGGAAUUUGGCUUGCAUUCCACGGCUGGGGUCUUUCUGGACUUUGGGUUGGGCAAUGUGUCGCACUGUUUCUGAGGGCCGCAGACAGAAUUGAGAAUGGUGGCAUGGAGAUUGUACACUGA